AAGUGUCUAGGCAGGACAUGGCCAUUGCAAGGCAGCCAUUGCUGUGUGUCGUGGCUGUGUCAGUAAUACGCAAAAGUGGCGGAGAAAAUAUUUACUACAGCCUUUCACAUUAACGGGACGAAUUUAGUGACUGAACCCCCAGUGUGACCGUCGUCUGGACAUCUACAUAUAGACACGAGGAUUUGACCCGAUCUGGAUAUGUCCUUCAUAUUUGAUUGGAUUUAUAGUGGUUUUAGUAAUGUACUGCAGUUUCUUGGACUGUAUAAAAAAACUGGUAAACUAGUAUUUCUUGGUCUGGACAAUGCUGGCAAGACCACACUUCUGCAUAUGCUUAAAGAUGAUCGACUGGGGCAACAUGUGCCAACCUUACAUCCAACUUCAGAAGAGUUGACGAUUGCUGGUAUGACCUUUACCACCUUUGACCUUGGUGGCCAUGCACAGGCUCGAAGAGUGUGGAAAAACUACCUUCCUGCAAUCAACGGCAUUGUCUUUCUCGUUGAUUGUGUAGACCACCCGAGACUGGCUGAAUCCAAAAUAGAACUUGAUGCACUACUGACAGAUGAAACUAUUGGAAAUGUGCCUAUCUUGAUUCUUGGUAACAAGAUUGAUAAGCCAGAGGCCAUAAGUGAGGAGAGACUUCGUGAAAUGUUUGGAUUGUAUGGACAGACAACUGGCAAGGGUAAUAUUCCCCUGAAAGACCUGAAUACCAGACCACUGGAAGUGUUCAUGUGCAGUGUGCUAAAGAGAGAGGGAUAUGGGGAAGGCUUCCGCUGGCUUUCACAAUACAUUGAUUAGAGGUCUGCACCAGGAACUGCACCAGAGCUGCACCAGGAACUGCCUGACCAAGUUCAAAUUUAUAUUCAGUUCUUGUUCAGCCUGCCAUCACUCUCCAAAUGAAAACAGCAGUAGUCACUCAGUACAACUUGAUUUAAAUAAACUUUUGUAGGGUAAGACAUUUAAUUCACCUUUUUUUUUUCCCCUUAAAGGUUUUCUAAGAGAAUGGUAUAUCCAAGUCUCUAUUUCAAUCCAAAUAGAUGACAGUUUUCAUGUAUUUUCUUUUUUUUCUUUUGAAUUUUUUUUAUGGAUGUAUGAAAACUGUAACUUGUGGUAUGAAACCAAAUAAUUCGAAUGGUAUUGGCAGCCCCACUUUAAGAAAAUGUUUAAAAUGUUUAAAAAUAUGUUUGCAGCUCCUGGGAAGUUAAUAGUUUUUAAUAGGAUAUAACUUUGGGAAUUUAGGUGGGAAAUCAUUGCUUUAAAGAUUUUGUAUAAUUGCAAAACUAUACAAAAAUUAUGUGGGGCUGCCAAUGCCAUUCAGAUUAUUUGCUUUCAUAUUACAUGCAGUCAUUUUGAAUGGUGUGGCUGUUUUACUUAAGUAAACAAUAAUAAAUGAAAUCAUCUCUUGUACACCUCCACAGAACCCCCCCCCCCACACACACACACACACAAAGAAAUGCCAUGUUCAAGAAAUGAACACUGAUUCUGAUCUAUGGUCUUUUUAUUCAUCUUAUGAUCUCCUCCCCAGAUAUCUUCAUUGUUCAGCAAACACAAGACUGUAAAGACUGUAUGUUGACUUUCCAUAAACUGCAGUAUAUCCAGUAUGUAACUUAAUGACCAUUAUGUAAAAUAUGUGAAUAUCAUAUGGAUUUUAUGGGUGGUUUCUUGAGUUUUGAUUUUAUCAAUAUGUAAAUCAGAAGCAAAAUGACCAAGUAUCAUACAAUCAAACAAAAUCUUAAAAAAUAAAUGCAAAAAAGGGCUACCCAAAUAACAUUUUGAACAGUUUAGAGGAGCUUCUAAAGGAGGCACAAUGACGUUUUAUUUUUAUUCUUCCUUUGUAUACUGCCCAUCAUUCCAUGAGCUGCUGCAUGUAAUGGAGAAACUCUGCAUUUAAAAAAAAUAAUAAAUAUAAAAUGGCAAA